AUGGUCAAACAAGUUUUAGUUACUGGUGCUUCAGGUUAUAUUGCACUUCACGUCCUUGAUGCUUUAUUAGCUAAAGGAUACCAUGUCAUUGGUACUGUCAGAUCUCAAGACAAAGCUGAUAAAAUCACUAAACAAUUCAAAGCUGAAUAUCCAGAUGCCAAACUUGAUUUUGCUUUAGUUGCUGAUAUUGGUGUUGAAGGUGCUUUCAAUGAAGUUUUACAACAAUAUCCAGAAAUCACUGAUGUUUUACAUACAGCUUCACCAUUUUCUUUUGGUUUAAAUCAAGAUUUAAAAGAAGCUUACUUAGACCCAGCAACUAAAGGUACUAAAAAUGCUUUAGAAGCUAUUCAAAAGUUUGGUAAAAACGUUAAACAUGUUGUUGUUACCUCAUCAUUUGCUGCUAUUUUAGAUGUUACUAAAAAGACUGAUCCAUCAUUUGUUCAUACUGAAGAAACCUGGAAUCCAAUUAAAUGGGAACAAGUUAAUAAUGAAACCCUUGCUUACAUUGCUUCAAAGAAAUAUGCUGAAGAAUUAGCUCAAGAAUAUGUUGCUGAAAAUAAACCAUCAUGGACAUUAACAACCGUCAACCCAGGUUAUGUCUUUGGUCCACAAAAAUUUGAUGAUGUUUUAGUCAAUCCAAAUUUAAAUACUUCAGCUGAAAUUGUUAACAAAUUAUUGAAAGCUGAUCCUUCUGCAACUAAUGCCUUCACUGAACCUGUUGGUCCAGGUGUUGAUGUUCGUGAUGUUGCCAAACUACAUGUCGUAGCAAUUGAAAAUGAUGAAUUAGCUGGUAAGAGAUUAAUUGGUUUUGAAUCAUCAUUUAGUGGUCAAACUAUCUUGAACAGUAUUCAUAAACACUUCCCAGAAUUAGAUGGUAAAGUUGCUAAAGGUCAACCAGAAGGUGCUCAAGAAUACGCUGAUAAAAACUCUUUCCAAGUUGAUAACAGUGCUACUAUUAAAAAUUCAGGUAUUACAUUCACUCCAUUAGAUACUACUUUCAAAGAUUCUGUUGCUCAAAUCUUAAACUAUAAAAAGUCACACCCAAAUUAG